CUAAGUCCCGCACUGGAGACUCAAACUAACAGGAGACAAGAGGAGGAGGACACUAUCUGUCACCUUUUUUCUUUUUUUUUGUCUGUGUGACUUGAACACAAACUCAUUUUUCUCCUCGGCUUCAAGGCGCGGACAGACAGCGGCAUUUUCCCAUCCCCUUAGAAAUAAAAGAAAGAAGUGGAGUCGGGUGGAUGAGUUGUGUGGAUGUUAUUUCCUGGAUUUUCUCCUCGGGCUGUGUCUCACCGCGGCCCCGGACACGGCAACAGUGUGUGGAAAAGUAGAUUUGUAUGUUAAACGUAUGGCUUCAACGAGGAUAACGCGCUGGAUGCUUGGUGAAGCAUGGUGGUGAAGAUGGUUAGAAUGCACUUAAUGGGGCCACUGUCACGGGGCCGGGUCAAAUGGCCGAGCAUAAUGGGAACAGGAGUCCUUUAUCUGCUGCUACUAUCAACUUGUCUCGGCCAAGACACAGAAGACUGGCAAUAUGAGGAAUGUAAACUGUCCCGGUCGGGUCCUCCUGCCACCAUUGUUGCCAUAGAUGAAGAAAGCCCCAACGGAACGUUAUUGGUUGAGAACAUGCAGAUAAAUGGCGUGGCCGAGGGUCCUGAUCGUACCAUCUCUCUGUCGCUAAGGGAUAACCACGACUACUGGGUGAUCCUGGACCCUUCCAAACAAGCCCUUUACCUCAACAGCACUGGACGGCUUCUGGAUCGAGAUCCCCCCUCCUAUAUUCAGUCCAUUGUGGUUCAGGUUCAGUGCACCAAUGAGCUGGUCGGCACGGUGAUCUUACAUGAAGUCCGCAUCGUUGUACGAGACCGCAAUGACAACGCACCACAUUUCCAACAGCCAAGAUACUACGUUGCCGUCAGCGAGCUGACGCCAGUAGGAACCACUAUCUUCUCUGGUUUCUGGGGGAACAAUGGGGCAGCAGACAUCGAUGACGGUCCCAACGGACAGAUAGAGUACACCAUCCAGUACAACCCCAAAGACCCGACAACAAACAGAACCUUUGACAUCCCUCUGACACUGUUCGGCUCCGUAGUUCUCAAAGAAAGACUCAACUAUGAGGAGAUAACACGCUACCUGGUCAUCAUACAAGCAAAUGACCGAGCCCCCUAUCCCAGCGAGCGCCGUACGGCCACCACCACUCUGACUGUGGACGUACUGGAUGGUGACGACUUGGGUCCCAUGUUUUUGCCAUGUACGCUUGUGGGAAACACCCGUGACUGUAGUCCCAUCACGUACCGGGCUAAUGUACUGGAGCUGACAGAGCCGAAUAAGGUGAAUCCCGUCAAUGUGACUCCACCCAUUCAAGCUGUGGACCAAGACAGAAACAUACAACCUCCAUCUGACAGGCCGGGGAUUCUGUACUCCAUCCUCAUCGGCAAACCAGAGUCCUAUGCAGACUAUUUCAGCCUGAAUGGAACCACGGCGGAGCUCCUGCUACUGAAGCCCAUCGAUAGAGAACUCUACCGCAGAUUUGAUCUGGUUAUCAAGGCAGAGCAGGACAAUGGCCACCCCUUGCCGGCGUUUGCCAACCUCCAAAUCGAAGUUCUGGAUGAAAACAACCAGGCACCCUACUUCCUGGAGACCGGUUACCAUGGCUACGUCAGUGAGGCAUCACCAGUGGGAACAACCAUAGCGACCACUGCCAGCCUGUCUGCACCGCUGGCCAUCGUGGCUCUGGAUAACGAUGUGGAGGAGUCCAGAGACCCUCAGCUCCAGUUCUCCUUGGACAGCUAUUCUGAUGUCUUCUCCGUUUCUGCCACUGGAAUAAGAAGACAUCUCACCCUGCUGCAGCCGCUGGACAGAGAGACGCAGGACUCUUACACAUUCACACUUUCAGCAUCAGACGGCGUCCAGCAGAGCAUUCCAGUUACCGUGACGAUAACAGUUUUGGAUGCUAACGACAACACUCCGACUUUUGCUAAUGUCUCUUAUAAUGUCAACCUGUUUACAGAUAUGAUGCCUGAAGAAACUGUGUUACAGCUGGUAGCAGUCGACUCUGAUGCAGGUCCCAACGGUCAAGUCACCUACCGGAUCUUAGCUGGUGAUCAGGGACAUUUUCUUAUUAACAGCAGUACUGGAGUCAUUACCGUGGCACCAGGUGUGGAGCUCAGUGUUGGGCGGAGCUAUGCGCUGACUGUGGAAGCCAUGGACAAUGGGCCCGUACCUCAGAGACGGUCAUCCAUUACUACGGUCUAUAUCGAAGUUUUGCCUCCAAACAACCAGAGCCCUCCACGUUUCCCCCGGCAACAAUACAACCUGGAGAUCAGUGAAGCAAUGAGGACUGGAGCUACACUGCUUAAUCUGCAGGCAGUGGAUCGGGAGAGGGACCCCAUCACCUACAAAAUCCACAGCGGAGACCCCCAUGGACAUUUUGCGCUACAGCAGAAUUCAGGGUAUUUGGUCCUGGACAAGCCUCUGGACAGGGAGUCUCUGGAUUAUUAUACCCUGGUGGUCACAGCUUCAGACGGACACCCAGAUGGGACCUCCUCUGCAACCGUGAACAUUGUGGUGACAGAUGUUAAUGACAACGACCCGCUGUUCGAUUCUUCACUGCCGGUGAACCUCACUGUCAUCGAGGAGCGGGAUCACGCCUAUGUUGGACAGGUCAAGGCGACAGACCCAGAUCUUGGGGCAAGCGGUCAGGUCCAUUACCGGCUCGUCAACCACCAGAAGCUGUUUUCCAUCAACGCCACUGGAGUGAUCAGGACUACAGUGCCGCUGGACAGAGAGGUGAAAGGUCACUACUUUCUGAUCGUUGAAGCCUGGGAUGGUGCAGUGGACCCUCGGCGAUCCAGAUUAACACUCUCCAUCACCGUUCUGGAUGUAGACGACAAUAGCCCGAUAUUCACCCAGCAAACGUACAAUGUCAGCCUCCCAGAGAACAGCCCAAAGGAUACAGUCAUACUACAGUUAAAGGCGAUAGACGCUGACCUCAGCUCGAACCUCACAUAUCGAAUCAGAACUGAAGGCUCAGACCAGGAGAUCGUUCGGCUGUUCCACAUCGACCCGGUGACUGGAGAGCUGUCGGUUCUUAAAGUUCUGGACUACGAGGCUCUGGCUGACUCAGAAGCUACAUACACAUUCACAAUAGAGGCCACGGACUCAGAGGGAACCAUGCCUCCUGGACUCGCCUCUGUUACUGUUAGAAUUAUGGACAUGAAUGACUUUUCUCCGGUAUUCAGCCAGUCAGUGUACCGAGGCCUGGUUGCCCCUAAUGCUGUCAAGGGAACCAUUGUAACCACGGUGAUGGCCAAUGACUCUGACCCUGCGGGUACCCCAGCAGGUUUAGUGCGCUACAAAGUCAACCAGGAGGCUUAUCCAUACUCUGCAAGUAUAUUUGAUGUGGAGGAACAGACGGGGAAUGUGGUAACCAGAGUAAACCUCAACGAGGAGCCCAACCUCAAGUUCAGUCUGGUGGUGGUGGCCUACGAUGAUGGCGAGCCAGUAAAGGAGAAUACAACUCUUGUAGAGAUCACAGUCCUGCAGCCCUCUGUCAUUCCCGUGUUCACUCAGGAAGAAUACAGGUUUCCACCAGUGAGCGAGGAGGCUGCUGUUGGAACCCCAGUGGGAGCCAUCAUGGCGGCUGCUGUCAAUCAAACUAUCAUCUACUCCAUCAUGGAAGGCAACCAGGGAGGUGUGUUUGCAUUAAAUGAAACGACAGGAGUGAUUUCCACUGCCAAGCCCCUGGACUAUGAGGCCAACUCCUCCUACGUUCUGAAGGUGGAAGCCGACUCCAUGAGAGUGGUGUCCUCGAACCUCCGAGUUCCCUCAAAGACUAACACAGCUAAGGUGAUAAUCGACAUCCAGGAUGAGAACGACCACCCACCGGUUUUCACCAGGUCUCUUUACAUUGGAGGGGUCGCAGAGGAUGCCAAAACUUUCACCUCCGUCUUGCAAAUUCAGGCUCUGGACAAAGACACCGGUAACUACAGCUCUAUGAUGUACCGGCUCAUCAUUCCCCCUCCUGCUGGCAAAGACAGUAAAGAUACUAAAGACGGCUUCGUCAUCGAGCCAUACACAGGCGUGGUGAAGACAGCAAUCAUGUACCGCAACAUGAGGCGGUCAUAUUUCAAGUUUGAGGUGGUUGCUACGGACAAUUAUGGUAAAGGACACAGCAGCAAGGCGGAGAUAGUGGUGUCAGUCGUGAACCAGCUGGACAUGCAGGUGGUUGUGUCAAACGUCCCUCCAACUUAUGUGGAGAAAAACAAAGACAAGCUGCUCAGCAUCUUGGAGCGCUACGUCCAGGAACAGAUACCGGGCGCAAAGGUUGUUGUGGAAACCAUUGGUCCCCAUCGCCAUGGUGACGGAAUGGAGCAGGAAGACUACACCAAGUCGGACCUCAUGAUUUAUGCCAUCGACCCACUGACAAAUAGAGCUGUAUCGAGACAGGAGCUCUACAAGUUUCUUGAUGGUAAACUCUUGGACAUCAAUAAAGAGUUCCAGCCUUUCCUCCCUCCUGGUGGACGGAUUCUGGAGAUCCGAACCCCUGAGGUGGUGACCAGCGUGAAGAAAGCUGUGCAAACUGUAGGCUACACAGAGGGGGCGCUGUUGGCUCUGGCAGUUAUUAUCAUUAUCUGCUGUGUCCCAGCCAUACUGAUUGUCAUUAUCACCUACAAACAACGCCAGGCAGAGUGUGCCAAAACAGCCCGUAUCCAGAUGGCACUGCCAACGGGCAAACCUGGGGGAGGCACUGCCAACAACCUGUAUGAAGAGCUGGGUGACAACGCCAUGCGUGGAUAUGGACAACAUGAGACGCAACAACUUCUCCGACCUUCUCUGCUCAGACCAGAGGAGUUAUCAAUGGAGUCUGGCAUCGACCCCGGCCAGGACUACUACACACAAGACUAUUACAACUACGAUCACGGAUAUGACCUUCCUCAGUACGGCAGUCGCAGGAAACUGAUCUCACCGUCUGGCCUCUACGAUGAAUACGGAGAGGUCGUCGUUGAUGACGACGGCAGCUACUACUACAGCCCGCAGGAGUCUGAUGCAGAGGUGAGGAGACAGAUUCAAGGAGGUAGAUUAGCCCCACACCCUGCCUACCUCCAGCCUCGUCCUCCACCUCCUCAUGGGCCAUCCAGAAAGACCCCGGCAGCCCCAAGAACUGAGGGCGACACACACCAACAGGUAGAGGGUGGUGCAGCCGUGAACACAAAGCCCAAGAGCUCCAGUGCGGCCGCCAGGUUGAAGGCCGUGAUGAGACACGGCAGUAGAAAACGUCGGAUCAAGUUGGUGGUGGACCGGGAAUAUGAGACCAGCUCCACCGGUGAAGAAAGUAUGCCAGAGUCCCAACGCAGCCGCAUACCCUCCACCCUCAACAGCCACGCUAACGUUAACGGCAGCAUCUACGUGGCCCAGAAUGGCUCCAUCAUCCGCACCCGACGCACAGUAAACACCACAGGCCCCACACACACUCACACCACCACCACGAACAACAACCUCAAACUCACCUCCCCCGUCUUCAGCUCACGGCUGGCCAAGCACUUUAAAAAACUUGACAAAAUGGCUGCCACGCUGGAGGAAAGAGUCCCCCUGAACCAUCCCAGAGCGGCGGCAGCAGACAGCGGGUGCAAGACGCUGCGCACCUUCCAAAGUUCGGGAAUGGCUGCCUCUGCGACGGCCACUUCCUCUUUCUCUAACACUGACAACAAUAAAACUCUGAAUGUGUUUAACACUCGACAAUGCAGCGUUUCUUUAGGGUCGACCAGCACCAGCAACACGGGCCCUGACUGCGUAGUGUCUAAAUCAAACCUGCUCAGAGCGGCGCAGGGCGGCACAGAGCCGCCUCAGAGCACAGCACAGAGAGAGGAGCUGAAUGAUGGCGAGAGAGAGUCGAAGGUAGACGGCAGUAAUGAUGAAGAGGACGACGGACUUGUUAUGGGGGAGCCGUUGGAGUGCCCGAGUGACAGAACGCAGUCGGAUGAGGAGGAAUUAUGGAUGGGCCCGUGGAACAGCCUUCACAUACCCAUGACUAAACUCUGACUGAUCGUGACUCCACUGUGCUCGCUCCUUAUUGCCAAGAUCAUUAAAGCGUUCAGACAUCAUUUCUGUUCAUUAGUUGUGGAACUAAUGGGGAUGCUCCAAUCCAAUUAAAAGACAUCUUAUUAACAGAUUGGUGCUCAGCUAAAAGGUGAAUUAGCAUUUUCUGGUGUUCAAACUGAAUUUCAUUAAGAUGUAAGAUUCCUCACAUAUUGACUCAAAUAAUUUCUUUAUUUUUGUUUAAAUUCAGAGACAGAUGAUGAAAAUAUAUAAGAAAAAGCAAGUAACUCGGCAUCUGAUUGGCUGUUUGCUGAUUUACUUAAUGAAAUGUCUGUUUUGUAUCUGCUCAAUAUUCCAAUCAGAGCGUCCCUAAAGCCCAACUGAUCUAAGAGCGGCAACCCCCCUGCGGAGAACUGGACCUAGAAUGAGAGGACUUGUUAUAUUUCUACUUUGCUAAGAGAUAAUGAUGGAAACUUGAGGAAAAAGUCUGUGAACUUUUUAUGGCCCUUUAAGCGACUGGUGUCACCGCACUCGUUUCAUUCAGUAUUACAGCUACUGGUGCGACUCAUCUUGCCUGACACUUUGCAUUGACACAUGAAGUCUUGUAUUGUUCAAACUUGCCUUUUUAUCCUUGUCAAGUUGCUUGGCAAACUUUAUCCAAAUAAAAAGAC